AUGCUUCGAGACUGGACUGGAGACUGGAUAGGCACAUUCAUGGGCCACAAGGGCGCUGUCUGGAGCUCCAAACUAUCGUUAGACACUGCCAGAGCAGUGACCGGAACACUGCAUCUUUUGUCUGAUGGGUCCGGAGCUGUGCGGUUUGCCGUAAGAGGAGAGAACGUGCUAACCGUCCCCCUAGAAAAGUAUGGGACACGUACAGCGAUCGUCACGGGUGACCAAACGAAGAAGAUCCGCAUCUUUGAUCUCGCCCGCCCAGAUGCCGACCCCAGACACCUCGUAGCCAAGGGUGGUGAAACCGCACACGAGAAGACGGUCAAGAGCGUCGUAUGGCUCCAUGAUGGGCGACAAAUCGUCAGCGCCGGUGAAGAUGGUGUUCUCAACUGGUGGGAUCUUCGUACGACUGAGCCAGCCUACACCGUCAAGUUUCCCAGCGCAAUCACCUCUUUAGAACUCUCAGCACCGACGGGAACCCUCGUUUUGACCCACGGAAACGACGUUGCGUUCUACCCUGUGAUGCCGUCUUCUUCUCCCUCCCACAACCUCACUCUCCCCCAUGCCCCAUCUUCAGCUUCUCUCCACCCCACUUCAGGAGACCGUUUCGUUGCUGGCUCUACUAGUGACCCUUGGGUUCGGGUCUAUGGUCUUGUCGACGGAAACGAGAUGGAGCUCUACAAAGGUCAUCACGGUCCCGUUCAUACCGUUCAGUACAGCCCAGACGGCGAGAUGUACGCGUCUGGAAGUGAGGAUGGCACCAUUCGUUUGUGGCAAACUGUUCCAGGAAAGACUUACGGUCUGUGGCAAGGAUCACAAGCUUGA